GUUUUCGAAACCAAAGUUCAAAAUGGCGUCCGCAGUGAACGGGGGGAAAGAAGAGUACGGAAAAGUCGUUAUUUCUCUCGAAAACUGUCUKUUACCGAAAGAAAAACUUAUACAAACUCCAUCUAUGAAAGAUGGACUUGAYAAAGAAGUCGAAAUAGAUUUACGAAUUGUUGGUUGUGAGUUCAUUCAAGCGUCGGGAAUUCUGCUCAAGUUACCGCAGGUAGCAAUGGCUACUGGACAAGUUCUAUUUCAGCGUUUUUACUUUUCAAAAUCGUUCGUAAAACAUGACGCAGAGGUGUACGCAAUGGCGUGCAUCUUCCUCGCUGCAAAGAUCGAAGAAGCACCUCGACGAAUACGAGACAUUAUAAACGUGUUCCAUUACAUUAAACAGAAGCGCAAUAACAGCCUAUACAUGGACUUCUACCAGCACCCAUGUUGAUCACACUCCACAGUCAGCACCACUGUGCGUGUGUCUCAAAGUGACAACAGUGUGCACUCAAUGUCAAUCAAUAUGUCACCAUGGCUACCAGGUUACAGGCAAGCUAUAUUGAGGGCAUCAAGUAACGAUGAUAAAUUUUUAUCUUUAAUAAUCAAAGAGAUGUUAAAAUACUUAAAAUAAUGAACUUAAGUAUAGCUUAAGGUCAAGAUAUUUAUGAUUAUUAUACUUUAUGAUGUGAAUUUGUUUUGUAGUGAUAGUUAAGAGAUCUUGGAUAAUAAUUGUUGAUAGUUUAUAGUAUCAGAUUAAUAUCAAAGUAUUAGUCUGAUAUUAAAAACAACGUUGUGACAAUUUCUUGUUAUUGAAUAUAUCUAUAAUGUCAGCAUUAUUGUUAUAUUGAUUAUUAUGUAUAGGUCAGUAGUCUAAAUUAUUGAUACAUAUAUUAUGGAAAUAGAAGUCUGUUUUCUGUAAGCAGAAGUCUUGUACUGUUUGAACAAGUAUGGCAAGUCAUGAUGCAUCCUUGGUAUCUGUAAGUACUGUAUUCUAAAAAGACUUAAAAYAUGAAAACAAAGUUGAAUUUUAUUCUUGUAAUGUUGACGUUMUUCCAAGACUGGAAUUAAUAUGAACAUCAAAGAUAUCAUUUAUAUAAGCUGCCGUUUUGGUGAUAGUAGAGAAGAUGGUUGUAUGAAUCAUGUUACAGAAAGCAGAASCUCAACUGACUCCUCAUACUCCAGCAAAACUAUCAAGAUUCAUUAAAUUCAAAUGGAGACAUCAAAGGAUAUAUUUGAAGGAUAACCAGAGAUUCAGAAAAAAAGUGGAGAGAUUGCUAAAGGAAAAGACUUGAAUGC